AAGGACGGGAUGGGUUCUUGGUGGACAGUGCACUCCAGUUUCAAACCUCAGCCGGAGUGAGCGUAUAGUGAGUCGAGGGAGGAAAAGUUGCAACAAGAAGCAGCAACAGAUACAUUCAGGAAGCAGCAGAGAGAGGGAAGAAAUGGAAACAUAUGUGUGGAGGAGGUAGACGCCGUGGGAGGUUUCAUUCCCCACAGCUCCUCUCAGUUUAUCAGGAUUUCCCUCCCUGGACGCUGCUGCUCUAAGUGCCUUCUCUACAGGGCCAUACUCUUCCAUAUCGGGACCUGGAUUUGGACAAACAGUGAAGUGGACACAAUCAGACGGGACCGCUGCGUUGAACGUUGAAGUAUUUGGGGUCAAUUCAUGUCUGUCCUUUGAGGUUUUAAGUAGACCAAAUAAUUAGUGACAGAAUCAGCAUUAUUAGGCUGCUUUGGUAAAUAUUUGAAUCAAUGACUUUGUUUUUUUUAGACAACAGAGGCUGUUCUAUGCACUGUUCACUUUGCAUGAAAAACUGAUUUUUGUAUCUUGCCUGACAGGUCAGUUUUAAAACAUUAUCUCAUCCUGAAUAUUGUUGAGCGGAUGUCGCUAAAACCACAGAGUCAGAGUGUUCCCUGCAGAUAGAGAGAAUUUACAGUAUGUUUUGUUUAGUUUGUUGCUCGUGGUUGGUGCAAAUAAUGAGGUGAAUUAUUAUUAAUGACUUAUGUUGUUAUUGCGUUUAUGGCAUGGAAGAUGAGAAGACUCUGGUAUUGCAUGUCCUGUAUUUCAUCAAGUCAGUUGUAUGCACCAAAUUCUUAGCUUUUUCUCAAAAGACGUUUUAAACUGAAACCAAUAUGUGAUUCAGGAGAGUAAACUAUGACGUGAGGACUGAUAAUAGCUGUUUGGAUUAAGAGGUGAGCAGUAACUUGUGUUUUUGACUUUGCUCCUGAGACUGCGUGCAGGAGCAAAGUCUGGAAAGUGAGUCUAAACGUCUCCUUUAAUGCACUGUAAUAAAUGGCUUGUGACACAACCCCCGUUUUCCCUCAUGGGUCUAGAGAGGGAAGUUUUCCAUAUAUGUCGGCUUCCACAUAUUUUCCACUUCAGCAUCAGUGUUGACAUUAGAGCAGCCUUCGUCCAGCCUGCUUGGCCUCGUUCUCAUGUGCUCUCCUGGGCCUGGAAACAAACCCAUGCCGUCACUCCCCAACCAGACUUGAUUCCUGUCACUUGGUGGGCCCCCUCUGUUGAAAACACUUGUUGUUGACUGGCCUGGUCUAGCAGUGCUCGUGCCGGCCCAGGCUCCCUCUCCUCUCUCUCCGGGGGCCAGGCCUUCUGAGGCAGGCUUGGCCCUGAGUGGGCCCCCCCACCCGGGAAGUCAUGGGGAUCCAGGGCAUGGAGCUGUUUGCCAUCGGCGUGGUCAUCAUCCUUUUCAUGGCAGUUCUCAAGCAGUUUGGCAUCUUGGAGCCCAUGUCCUCAUUUGAAGAUGACAGCAGCGACAGUGACCUGGAGCUGUCGACGGUGCGUCACCAGCCGGAGGGUCUCGACCAGCUGCAGGCUCAGACCAAGUUCACCAGGAAGGAGCUGCAGUCCCUCUACCGAGGCUUCAAGAACGAGUGUCCCAGUGGGGUGGUUGAUGAGGAGACAUUCAAGACCAUCUAUUCUCAGUUCUUUCCCCAAGGAGAUGCCACAACCUACGCUCACUUCCUCUUCAACGCAUUUGACAUCGACAGAAACGGUUCAAUCCGCUUCGAGGACUUUGUCAUCGGCCUGUCGGUGCUGCUCAGAGGAUCAGUCACCGAGAAGCUCAACUGGGCCUUCAACCUUUACGACAUUAAUAAAGACGGCUACAUCACCAAAGAGGAGAUGCUGGCAAUUAUGCAGUCUAUCUACGACAUGAUGGGGAGGUACACUUACCCCUGUGUGCGAGAUGAAGCGCCCUCUGAACACGUGGACAAGUUCUUCCAGAAAAUGGAUAAAAACCGAGAUGGAGUAGUGACCAUUGAGGAGUUCAUUGAGACCUGUCAGAAGGACGAGAACAUCAUGAACUCCAUGCAGCUGUUUGAGAAUGUGAUAUAAGGGAACCCCCCUGCACAAAACACUAAAACAAAGCACGCCCACCUCAAACUCACCCUGGCACAUAAUGUAGGUACUCUAAAGGCAUAGGAACUAGACUUUUUUUUCUUUCUAUGUCUCGCUACGCUCCUUUCGCUGUAUCCUGCAAACUGCUUCUGGAUUAA